CUGCCACAUCCUCCUCAGAGCGAGUCAGUCUUUGUGUUGUGUCUCGGUCUCCUUGAGCCGUGCCUCGUGUAUUGUGCUGUUAAUCGCUCGUAUAUGUCAUCCUCGCCUCGUCUGUAUAUAAGCCGUGUCCACCUCCUCUCCGCAUCAGUCCCAGCUGGCUCCUCACUCGUCACCAUGCAGUUCGUGUUGUUUCUCUUCGUCGCGGCGUGUGUGUCAGCGCAGUCUCCGAUAUCUAAGAGCUACCUCCCUCCUCCUCCUCCGAGUGACGUCAUCAGCUUCUCUCGAGGAGCUUCAUCUGUCCAGGAGUUGAGAAGAGUUCAGGAGCUAGGAGACAGGAGCUCGACUGUGACACGCGGAGACGACGACUUACAGGAACCAGCGGAUCCGGCCAAGUAUAAGUUCGGUCACUCGGUGAACGAUGUGGAGCGAGCUGACUUCGGGCCCAGAGACGACAGGAGCCGGGGGCAGGAGCUAGUGAUGAUGGAAGAGGAGAGGGGGCGACAGGUCUUUGCUUUUCUUUUCGUGGUUGCCUCAGUGUCAGCCAGAGGAUCAGGUCCUUACCUUCCUAGUGGUUGGAAACCAGAUGGUCCUGCCUUCUAUCUACCCACUGAAGUUGUGAAAUCUGUACCUUCUAAUCCAAUUUCCGAUUUGAUUUUGGAUCUAUCUGAGGCCUCCGGAUCUGUAAAUCUUCAGGAGUACGGUGUGCCAUCAGUGUCACAGAACGUCGAACAGAAGCCUUCAAACAUUCCCUCCCAAGAUCUGAACGGUUCUGAAGCAGCCGGUUCUGAUUCUCUCAGCGAGUAUGGGCCUCCAGUACUGCCUGAAAUCCUCAACCAAGGACUACCUGACGCAGUAACCGAGCAGAAUUUCUACGUUGAACUCAACCUUGGUAUUCCUGAAGCCACCUCAGCGGUGUCUGUAGAUCAAGAUGUCGUCAAAGAAUCGGUGGAACAAACAACAGUUGCAAAUAUUGAAUUGUCGGCUGACGAAGAAAAAGAAGUUACCGAAUCUGAGAACGUCGCUGCAAAUGCUCAAGUGAGCGUAGAUGUUGAGUCACUUGGGAGUGUUGUAUCUGAAGGAAAUGUUGAAUCUACUGAGCUUUCUGAGCUUUCUGAGGUUACUGAGCAUCCUGAGCCUUCCACUCAAGCACCUGCAUCAGUUGCUCAAGAAGUUACAGACACCGUUCUUGAAUCAGAGCCAUUUGUUUUAAAUAUUCCAGACAUCAUUGGCAAUUUGGAAAAUGGGGUCGUAUCUCAACAGGUGGAAGUCAAUUCAUCGCUGAAUGAAGGAAAUUCUGAUGUAGCUGUGUCUGGGUCUUUGGAGCAAGCACCGGAAGGUUUUCUUGAGUAUGGACCACCUGGUUUCACUGAAUACGGUCCUCCCCAGGGCGAACUUUUGGGUAACCUGCAGGUUGUUGAUAGCAAUGCUGUCAGGAGACGUCGAUUCUCACCAAAAUUUAGGUAA